AUGGAUUCCCAAGGGGAUGCGCUGUCCGCCCAGUCUGCGGACCAAUCUCGCAGGCGUCACCGGCGGUCCCGCGUCCCGCUGUCGUGUGACCCCUGUCGCGCCAGAAAACUUAAGUGUAAUCGCGAGAAGCCCUGCCAGAAUUGCACAGCACGGAAUGAGCAGGCAUCCUGUAAAUUCCGCGGAUCUAAGCACAGUGCGGCCCCAAUUGCCUCCCGCGGCAAUAACGGGGAUGAGAUGCGUCAACGAAUCGAUCACCUGGAGGGCCUGGUCAAGAAACUGAUCGCCCAGCGCCAGAACACGUCGUCGCCCAGGGGUAACAUUGCCGAGACAACUGGAAUCCCCAAAGCUGAAGCCGGACCAGCAUCUGAUGUCCAGGGAACUGCUGGUGCCAGCAAAAUGCUGGUAGAUGGUGUUCGUUCUAUGUAUCUGAACGGAGACGACUGGCAAGUUGUGCUCCAAGAGAUCAACCAGCUGAAGCGAACAUGGAGCCAAGGGCAAGGCGGUGAUAGCGAAUAUCGGUUGCCUCCCGCGCCCUCAUACACGGUCGACGGGUCGAGCCUGCUCUUCAACCAGGUCAAGCCAAUUGAGCAUAUGGAGGUUCUAUCCGCUCUGCCACCCAAGGCUGAGGUCGAUCAGCUUGUGCGCAAAUUCUUUGACCGGAAUAGCUUCCCUAUAAGUGUCCCCCCUAUACUUCAUGAACCAACUUUCAUGCGCGAGUACAAUGAACACUGGAAGAAUCCAUCGCAUACUAAUUUGAUAUGGCUGGGCCUCCUAUUCUCCAUUCUAGGUAUCACCAUGCUGGCGUAUUACCAACACGGAGAGCCACCACAGUAUGAAGGUAUCUCGGAGUCGCUCUUCCAGAUGUACCGGAUGCGCACAGCACAGUGUCUGCUGAGCGGUGACAUUUCCAAGUGCCUGCCGUACACCGUGGAGACCUUGCGCUUUAAUGCCACCGCCGAGCUGAAUCGAAAGGACGACAAUCGCCGAGGGCUUUGGAUAAUGACCGGUGUCGUUGUCCGCACAGCCAUCAAUAUGGGCUAUCAACUUGACCCUUCCAACUCCCCGGGCAUCUCUGCGCUGCAAGCGGAAUAUCGACGACGCACAUGGCUGUCUAUAAUCAGUAUGGAUAACAUGGCUUCUUUCUUGGGCGGCUUCCCUCGGAUGGGAUCAGCAAUACACUCGGACACCAAAGAGCCCCGCAACCUGCAUGACUGGGAGUUAUCCGAGGAAACUACCAUUCCGCCUGCGUCUCGACCACUCACCGAGCCUACGCCAGCGACGUACCUCAUUGCCAAGGGGCGUCUAUUCUGUGCGUUAGGGCGCGUUGCCGAUGUCAACAGUGCUCCAGGUCCAGUCUCGUAUGAGACCGUGCUCGAGGUAGACCGCGCCGUGCAUGAUGCGUUUCAGAGUAUUCCUCCGCAUAUGCAAGUGGCUUCCAUGAUCAACGAUCACAGAAGCCCCUUCCCAUCGUCAUAUUUCUCCAAUCUGAGUCUGCUAUGCAUGUACCACAAAGGAAUGUGCAUGCUGCAUCGAAAAUUCCUGGCCAAGGGGAGAGCCGAGCGUCGUUUCGAGGUCUCUAGAGACAGAUGCAUCACGUCUGCGCUGGCGCUGCUGGAUUUCCAGCUCGGCCUACAGCCGUCAUUCUACAGGAUAUCGCAGACCCGCCAGAUGCUGACCCUUGGAGCGAUGAUUCUGUUCCUAGAGCUGGAGCUGAGACGACAGACCCCCGAUGCAGAGGCGUCUCCGGACAGCGGCUCCCUUUUGCAGGCGCUGGAGCGGUCAUGUUCCCGGUGGGCAGAGGCGGUGGGAGUCUGUGAUGACGCUCGAAGAGUUCAUCGGUUUCUGGAGGGUAUGCUUGCGAGCUUUCAUCCUGGCAGUGAGACCGGGUCUUCUCAGACGAUAUCGCCCGAAGCACCGGUUGAGUCUUCGAGGCUAAGCUUGCAGUUCAACCCAUCCACUUGGCACAUUCCGUCAGAGGACGACUUGUCCACUAUGGAGUUUGACUGGGCCACAUGGGAUGCUUUUAUCGAGGAGGCGAGUCAACAACAAGGGCCUACAUACUAG